AGUGUCCCCAUCAGAGUGUCCCGUUACAUCAGGUGUCCCCAUCAGAGUGUACCCUUACAUCAGAGUGUCCCCAUCAGAGUGUCCCCUUACAUCAGGUUGUCCCCAUCAGAGUGUCCCCUUACAUCAGGUGUCCCCAUCAGAGUGUCCCCUUACAUCAGGUGUCCUCAUCAGAGUGUCCCGUUACAUCAGAGUGUCCCCAUCAGAGUGUCCCCUUACAUCAGGUUGUCCCCAUCAGAGUGUCCCCUUACAUCAGGUGUCCCCAUCAGAGUGUCCCGUUACAUCAGGUGUCCUCAUCAGAGUGUCCCGUUACAUCAGGUGUCCUCAUCAGAGUGUCCCCAUCAGAGUGUCCCGUUACAUCAGGUGUCCUCAUCAGAGUGUCCCCAUCAGAGUGUCCCC